GGGAAUUAUUGACAGUGUUCAAAGCGACUGUCAGAAGGUGACAAAUAGCUCUGAGUCUAUAGACGUUAGUCAGCAGGUGUCGAGGUUCAACCUCACUUCCCUUAAGUUGGGUAAACACGUGGACUUUUGAAAAAGCUUCGGGAGAUGUGAGAAUAAUAGAGGAAAUCAGAAGUGGGCUGUUUGGGGAUUAAUCAUUAAUUUGGAGGUUUCUCGAGCAUCCUCGCUCUAGGGUUGCUGGGAAAUCGGCUAAGCACACUGAGAACGCUGGGCUAAAGAAAAACAACAGGUUUCUUCUUGAAGAUAGUUUAGCCAGGCGACAUUUGUCAGAGGUCUGUCGGGGAAAGCUCGGAAAAGACAGGCUGGAUCACGCGCAAUCGUGGAGUUAUGAAUCCCGUCGUGGAAGCGUUUGCCUUCUUCCUGGGCUUCCUGGGAUGGCUGAUGGUCGGGAUCGCCCUUCCCAAUCGGUACUGGAGAGUGUCAACAGUGGACGGUAACGUUAUCACCACGUCCACCAUCUAUGAGAAUCUCUGGAUGUCCUGCGCCACCGACUCGACGGGAGUUCACAACUGCCGCGAUUUUCCGUCGUUGCUCGCACUAAGCGGGUACAUACAAGCGUCUCGAGCAUUGAUGAUCGCCGCCAUCGUGUUCGGAACAUUUGGGCUUGUGGGAACUCUGGUUGGAAUGCAGUGCUCGAAAAUCGGAGGUGAAAACUACGUUCUGAAGGGGAGAAUUGCUGCAAUCGGAGGGGUGUUCUUCUUACUACAGGGUAUGUGCACCAUGAUUGCUGUGUCUUGGUAUGCAGCCAACAUCACGCAGGAGUUCUUUGACCAGUUCUACCCAGGGACAAAGUACGAGAUCGGAGAAGGUUUGUACAUCGGCUGGUCCUCGGCCGUACUUGCCCUGUGUGGAGGCGGUUGUCUGGUGUGCUCGUGCAGUUGUAAGGAGUCGGGUGAAAAAGUGCCUUAUCCAUACCAGCCGUCCUCCAGGGGACGUGUGCUGUCCACUACUUCCCAGUCUGCCCCCAGCAACUAUGGAAGAAAUGCAUACGUGUGACACGUUACUGGGACAAAAGGAGAGUUGAACUCAUUACAGAGCAUUUUCAAGAGGAGGAUAUGAUCAAAUAUUGAAAUGUGCAAUCAAAUCUGAAUCUGGGGGGGGUUUUUUGGUACUCGUUUUGAACUAUAACUUGUAACGUUAAUGCGCUGUGAUGUUCAUGCACCCUUUCCCAUAUGCUAAAUAGGGCAGGACAGUAGUAGAGCAGUAAAGAUAACAGUAUCUUCAGAGCAAUGACAACAGUGGGCAAAUAUGAAUUGCUACUGUGCUUCGGGAACCUGCUGUGAAGUGAAAGCAAGUGAUUUUUGCGAAACAUGAUUAAGGUCGUAUUACCAUUGAUUAAAUUUGUAUUUAUUAGGGUUUUUUUUUUUUUACAAAGUAUAAAGUAGAAACGUGAGUUCAUCAGCUGUUGCGUAUAAACACACACGUUAGGAACAUCGUGAAUUUGAUGUAUUUAGGGAAAAUAGUUAUAUUAUGAUAUAGCUGUCAUAUGAGGGAGUAGACAAUUUGGUUCCUGUAAUUUUCAUUGUUUUAUAUUAAAAAAAACAAGUAAAAAAAAGGUUGGUAGUGAUUCUGACGAGGAACAGGGAACGUACAGUGAGUACAUGCUAACAAGUGUGUGACUCACCUGAAGUUCUAUUUGGUGAUGAUGCCACCUGUGGGAAAGACGUAAAAUUACAACUGGGUACGUUUAACAUUAAAUAACUGUAUUACAGUGAACAAGCAGCCUUGGACCAUCUUAUUAGAUUUAUUUCUUACCAA